AUGAGGAGCAUAUUGGAAGAGUCGAUGCUGGAAACGCGCAGCAUGCCUCUCGAAAAUCGACCGCGACUUCCCCACAUACCCCUUAGCAAGCGAAAUCGGGCUGUCGUGCGGGCUCUUAACCCAAUGCUGGUGACCUAUUUGGAAGCCAGCCGGGAUCUUUGCGAGACGGAUUCAAUUCUUUUUGGCGCCGCACUGGCAGUAUGCCGUAUUAUUGGCGCCAAACUUCCCGUGGCUGGACGUGCUACUCAAAAAGUAGCGCCAUCCCAGCUUGGAGAAAAAGAAUUGAGGACCGUAUCGCAAAGGCAAGGGCCCUUAUCGCCAGACUGA